AUGGAUGUCAAGAAUGAAUUUCUUCACGGGGAGCUUGAGGAAGAAGUGUAUAUGACUCCACCACCAGGCCUUGAGGCAUCAGUCACUCCGGGAAAGGUCUUGCAUCUCAGAAAGGCCAUUUAUGGUCUCAAACAAUAUCCUAGAGCCUGGUUUAUGCAUACUCGUGGAACCAGGAGCAACAAGGACAUCCCGCUAGUGAAUUUGAGCAACGAACAACUAGCUGAGUUAGAGCGAACGAAGCGGAAAGCAAGAGAUCCGGCAAUGAUGGAAAACGCCAAUGGACUUGUUCGUGAUGAUGAUGGAACCUGGAGAGACCGAGAGGGUCAUCUGUGCAAUGCGAGAGGCCAAAGGAUUGAUGGAGAUGGUAACAUCAUUCCACCAGCUCCUUUACCAGUGGAUGUUGUUGACCAGAAUCCACCACCUGCACCGCGUGGGAAUGCUGUGAUUGUUCCAAAUCAGAGGAACGUUCCAGAGGAUCGGAAUGCGAGGGAACCUGCACCUGCAGUUGGACGUGGACGAACACUUGGAGACUACAACAGGCCUGAGCAGUUCUAUCACCCAUUCCAUGGCCACUCUCAUGAGCACCCUAUGGAUCACAUCGAGAGGUUUGAGGAUUUGUUGGAGCCAGGAUCACUCACCACUUGGGAAGAGACCAGGAACGCCUUCCUGCACAACUUCUUCGACGAUGCUAGGUCUGAGGAGUUGAGGACUAAGAUCUCGACUUUCUCUCAGGACCCUACUGAAGCGUUCAAGGCUUCUUGGGUGCGAUUCAAAUCGUACCAGCGAGACUGCCCUCACCAUGGCUUCAGCGAUGUGCAGUUGCUGGGUAUCUUUUUCAGAGGUAUCGACUGGAGGUAUCAGAUGGCACUUGAUGCAGCAAGCAAUGGUAACUUCAACACUCGAUACCCAGAAGAAGCCGUUGAGCUCAUCGAAAAUUUGGCAUCCAGCAAUAGCACCAAGAAUGCUGAUCUUGAGCGAAAGAAGCAAGCUGGGAACAUGGAUAGAUCGCAGAUCGCUGAGGUGAAAGCUAAACUCGAUUCUGUGCACAGCCUUUUAGUGGGUAAGAAGUCUGUCAGAUUCGCACAGGAGGUGGAGAGUUUCGAACCUGAGGAUGCAGCUGAGGAAGAGGAUGUCAAUUUUGUUAGUGGAUCAGGAUUUCAGGGUCAGAGGUUUGGUAAUCAGCAAGGUAACAGAAGCUACAGUGGAAAUUACAGUGGAAACAAUCAGAGGAAUACCUUCAACAGUAAUCAGAAUUUCUCUGGUUACACGCCUAAGCCUCAGUACCAGAAACCUUUCUCCAACAACAGUUUUUCCAGAAACUACAGCACUCCUUCAUCUCAACCUCAAAAUCCUGACAAUGAGAUGAAGUCUAUGCUGGAACAGAUUCUGGAAGGUCAGCAGAAGCUCACCGUGGACUUUAAUGGGAAGAUGGAUGCUCUCUACCUCGAUUUGAAUGGAAAAAUCGAAGCUCUGAACACCCAUGUCAAGCAGCUCGAUACACAGGUAGCCCAAACUGCAGGUUCUGUUAAAAGGCAAGAGGGUUUUCUUCCUGGGAAGACUGACACCAAUCCAAGGCAUCACUGCAGGGCUAUCACGUUGAGGAGUGGUAAAAAACUGAGUUCUGAGCCCACGAAGACGCCUCCUGCACCUGAAGUCGUGGACUUAGAAGAUUCUGAAGAAAUUCCUGAGAUUGCAGAGCCGGUGACGAGCGACACCACCACUAGCGUCGCGCGUCACCAAUUGCAGAGCGAAGCUGUUGAUGCUCCGAAUCCGAAAUCUGCAGAGGAGAAAGAUUACAAACCUAAAGUUCCUUACCCAAGGAGCCCUAGGAAGUCCAAGCAAGAGCUUGAUGAUGCACGAUGCAAAGCUCUGAUGGAAAAGCUUGUGAUUGAGAUACCCUUGGUUGAUGCUGUAAAAAUCACUCCUGUCAUCAGACCUGUCAAUCUCGGCAUGACUGAUUUCAAGCCAACAAGGAUCUCCCUCAUCCUAGCUGAUCGUUCGACAAGGAUACCUGAAGGGGUGCUAGAAGAUGUUCCAAUCAAGGUUGGAGACUGCAUGAUACCGACCGACUUUGUGGUUUUGGAGUAUGGAGAGGAGCCUAAAGAUCCUCUUAUCCUUGGGAGACCUUUUCUAGCUACAGCAGGUGCUAUCAUCGAUGUCAGGAAAGGCAGGAUUGCUCUGAAUGUUGGAGAUCUGGUGAUGAACUUUGACAUGGACAAGCUGAUGAAGAAGCCCACCAUCGAUGAUGAUGCUUCCUACAGACCCACUUGA